AUGUUGGCCAGGAAGGGCCUCCUGCUGGACGGGUUCCUGCUGACCCGUCUGGCUGAGGACCAGAACCAGCGGAACCGCGUCCGGUCCAGAUCUCAGAAGGCCCGCUUCAUCACCAAGACCGGGUCCUGCAACGUGGCCCACAAGAACAUCAUGGAGCAGGGUCGCUUCCUGCAGGACGUCUUCACCACCAUGGUGGACCUGAAGUGGCAGCACUCCUUCUUGAUCUUCACCUCGGCCUUCCUCUGCUCCUGGAUGCUGUUCGCUAUGAUCUGGUGGCUGCUGGCCUUCGCUCACGGAGACCUGGAGCCCCGCGACCCCAACAGCGAGCCGGGCCCCGUGCCCUGCGUCACCGCCAUCCACUCCUUCACCUCCGCCUUCCUCUUCUCCAUCGAGGUCCAGGUGACCAUCGGGUUCGGGGGCCGGAUGGUGACGGAGGAGUGUCCUCUGGCCAUCACCGUGCUGAUCAUCCAGAACAUCCUGGGUCUGAUCAUCAACGCCGUGAUGCUCGGCUGCGUCUUCAUGAAGACGGCGCAGGCCAACCGCCGCGCCGAGACGCUCAUCUUCUCCAGGAACGCCGUCAUCGCCUCUCGGAACGGACGUCCCACCUUCAUGUUCAGAGUCGGAGACCUGAGGAAGAGUAUGAUCAUCUCUGCCACCGUCCAGCUGCAGGUGAUCCGGCGGACGGUGACGGCGGAGGGCGAGGUGAUCCCGGUGUGCCAGCUGGACAUCCAGGUGGAGAACCCUCUGAGGAGCAACGGUAUCUUCCUGGUGUCUCCUCUGAUCAUCAGCCACACCAUGGAGAGAGGGAGUCCUCUGUACGAGCUCUCCGCACAGUCGCUGGCCUCCGAGGACCUGGAGAUCCUCGUCAUCCUGGAGGGUGUGGUGGAGACCACAGGGAUCACCAUGCAGGCCCGGACCUCCUACACCCCCGAGGAGAUCCUGUGGGGGCGGCGCUUCGUCUCCAUCAUGACGGAGGAGGACGGCCGUUACUGCGUCGACUACUCAAAGUUCGGCAACACGGUUCAGGUGAAGAUGUCGUCGCUCAGCGCCAAGGAGCUGGACCAGAUCCGGGGGGUCCAGGAGGGGGGGUCCUCGGACCCCGUCAACCUGCAGGGCUGGGGGCUGGUCCGGGCCGGGAGAGGGGGCUUCCGUAGAGGGGGGGGCCGGGCCUGUGAUGGCUCCACCGCCCCCCCGCCCUGGUACGCCCAAUCAGAGCAGCCGCAAAGAGAGGCGGAGCAUAAAGGGAAGAAGAAGAAGGUUCAGCUGGAGGAGAUUGGACGACAGAUGGAAGAGGACGUACUGGGAGAGACCAGCUACUGA